AUGCCUCAAGUUCAAGGAGAUUUGAUCUCUGACGCAUGUAGCAAAGCUUUGUACAAAGAUCUUUGUGAGAAGACACUCCGAGCGGACCCCAGUAGCAGUGGUGCCACGGUCGAUGGCCUAGCCAAAAUCGCACUCAAAGCAGCGUCUUCGAGCGCCAAAACCAUCCAAGGCCAGAUCACCACUCUACUCAGAACGGCCAAGGAUAAGGCUGUCAUAGCUGCCUUGAACGAUUGCACUGAGAAUUAUGAUGGCGCGAAUGAGCAGCUCGGUGACUCGCUCAAGGCCAUGGUUGCUAAACACUACUCGGAUGUUAACACUUGGGUCACGGCUGCCAUGACCGAUGGUGACUCGUGCGAGGAUGGGUUCAAGUCAGGCACCUCUCCUUUGACACAAGCCAAUACCAACUUCGGUCACCUUUGCAGUAAUGUCUUGGCCAUAACAAACCAACUUCGUUGA